AUCCUUUAAAAUAACAGCACUAAAUCUUACCGGUAUAGUAAGGAUACACUUUGACACGAGUGCAUACGUCUAUCGAGUCAAUAAUUAUAAAAAUUAUAAUAAUUAUAAAUUAUAAUAGACUAGUGAUGUAUAACAUGAGGCUCUUGUGUGUGAUGAUGUUUAUAUUCUUGGAUUGUGUUCUAUGCUACGUCAAUUUGGCGGAUAUAGAAUGCGGCAAAGUGAUCUCGCGGAGGGGCCGCAUCGUGGGGGGCACCAACAGUCUACCUGCAGAGUUCCCGUGGGCGGCCAGCGUGUGGAGACAGGGGACCCACCAGUGUGGGGCCACUGUCAUCAAUGACAGGUGGCUACUGACGGCUGGACACUGUAUCUGCAGUGUCUUUGAUGAGUUUUACAAGACCAAGCAGCUGUCGGUCGUGGUCGGACACACAGACAUAACCGCUACAGACCAGAACGAAGCCCUGUCCAAAAUUAUACCACACCCGGAAUACAGGUGCAAAAGGAAGCCAAAUGAUGUGGCUCUACUGAAGACGUUGAGACAACUGACAUGGAGCAACGAGCUCCGACCAGCCUGUCUGCCGCAACCGUUGGCUUCGGAUUUUAGUGGCACUAUGGCGACAGUUGCUGGGUGGGGGUUCACUAAUGAAGAUAGGGGUGUAGGGGCAAGGCCGAACAUCCUACAGAAGGCCGAGGUGUUGGUUGUGGCCAACGACGAGUGCAACACCUGGUACGAGUCCAAGGGCAGCAAGGUCAAAGUCAUUGCCACGCAGAUGUGUGCGGGCCAUGAGGAAGGGGGACGAGACUCUUGCUGGGCUGACAGCGGUGGUCCUCUCAUGAUUAAGGAAGAUGAAGGCCGAUCCAUGGUGGUGGGAGUGGUGUCAACUGGCAGUGGGUGUGCACGAGCGAAGAUGCCUGGUAUCUACACCAGGGUCUCCAGAUUCACAGAGUGGAUCGUGUCCAGUGUGAACGCUGAUAAGUCCAGAGCUAGUCUAAGUUGGUUCCCAGGAAGAAAAUAGAAUAUAAUAAAUUAGGUAGGAAU